GAAUGACCCUUGUAAUUCCCAUGACAAGUUUGUGGUCGUUUACGAUGGAAGAUCAGUGUUUGGAUGAGGACGAGACAUUGCUUGCGGACGAAUGGGAAUCACCUUCUGAAGAACUUAAUUUUCUUUGUAAUAACCUAGGGGAGGAAGGUGAGUACAUUUUUAUACAUCUAAUUGAAUUCCCCUUUUCUUUUUAAUCUCAAAACAACACCUUAUUAUGCAUGAAAAGUACAGCCAAAGGCUGAGUGCAUAUAUUCAUCCUUAAUUCGUAUGCAUCUAUCAAGCCUGACUGAUUGUUUGAGUUAAGCAGGAUCCCUUUGUCUUCGCUUGUUUAAUUUUGCAAAGUUUAGUCUUGAAAGGGUCUCGGGUUAUUUAAAAAGCACUUAAUAUUUGUGCCCUGACCUAUUUACUUAUUCAUCUCCUGUUUCAUAGAUAUAUAUCGCGUGAAAGACAGAGGAAUCAAAAGGAAGGAAUCCAGUAGUAAUGUUGUAGUAGGAAGCGAAACCGCUCCAGUUUCGCCGGUGGAUCAACGUCGCUUUAUAUUACAGGUAACGUUUGAAAAGUUACGGCGAUUGGAAGACCCGGAAGCCUGUCUGAGACGAACAGUUUUGAUAAACAAUACGUUGAAAAUGCUUCACAAGCAGAUUUACGCAGAGGAAAACCCAUUUGUUUGCGGUGGGCUCGCGACACUACAGCCAAGCGAAUGUACAGCCAGAGAGGAAGCAUCCCCAUCAAAUCCCAAGGUGAUACGGUUAAGUUUUGAUAACAAUGUCACGGAAGAAGCUCGGACAAAACGCGUUGAUAAUAGCACGGCUUUGACACCAGGGGAAAACCUCUGCAGUGGAUGUACGCUUUCAGAUGUGUAUACGGAGGAGGUUGAAGACGAUGUCUUUGAGCCAGCGGAGGAAAUUUCGUCCGACCGAGAGUCAAUAUUUGGUGAACUCGACAAUGUAUUUCAUAGCUAUAUUUGCGCCCUUGAAACGUGAGUUUUAAAUUUAUACAUGCCCUUUUGGAAAUGGCUAAUGUUUGUACUAUACAUUUGUGUAUCACCACGGAGUUUAUUUAAAUUUAUACCUCCCGAGGUGGUAAUAACAUAAGCUUAUAUUUAUACAUCUUUGUACAUAGCAGCUCAUGUAAAUUGCGCUGAUCCCUAUAUAAAGAUCAAGAGAUAUUUUAUGUACUAACUUAUUAGGCAAAAGAUCGAUCUAUAUUGCAUGUUGUGUAGAAAAGUCGUCUUGCAAACUUGUCAUAUUUACUUCGUCCGCAUGUAGCUGUAAGCUGUAGUAAUUAUUCGUGGAAAAUUGCAAUAUCGACUGUCGUCGUGUCAAUCACGCAUGAUAAUCACGCGUAGAUGUUCUCGAGGGUAUUAUCUCUCUAAAAGGCAAAUCAUUUGUGUUUUUUACACUUUGAGAUAAGGAAAUAACACACCAUAGAGAGUCAAUAUUAACACGAAUAGCUUUUCAAAUCAACUCAUCCCGAAUAAAAAUAAAUAAGUGCUGAAUAAAACUGACGCGCCAAAUUUGUGCCAACAUCUAAAAAAUAACAUCUUUCAAAGUCCCUUUUUUGCGACGCAUAGCCACUUAAGUGCCAAGACAGGAAAAUGUGUAAAUUUGAAUUUCAGCUCCUUCACUUUGUGGUUUUAGAAGAUUUUCCGUUGCAGUUUUCCUUCAUUAAAAUGUUUUGAUAGUUGCGUACGAUCCGUUUUUAAAGUAACUCUUCCGACAUUUUUGUCGCUUUUGAAUACUGAUUGCCCUAACGAAAGCCCUUUUGGAAUUCAGUGAAAUGAACAAGCGUAUAGGAACGUAGUUACACUAUAGUUGUUUGCAUCGUUGAUUGUGAAGUACCGAGAGAUUUUGAAAUGCCGUCUUAUUUUUGAAGGGGAAAAACGCGCUGUAUUGUAACUAAACUAUUUUGUUCAGCAUGAUCUGAGCUGGUUGACUUAACCCAGGCUGCCCUUGUCUUCUGCAGUUCAUUUGUAUCAAACUCUUUUGAUUUCCAAAUGGAGAGGUCCCCUGCUAUUAAGGUGCCAAGGUGGGGGGGUGGGGGGCAUACUCUUAGGAAUUCUUGGUCGGGGUGUGCUGGUAGUGCCCAGUUGUCCAAAUUCUGACCUUAUUUCAGACCAAAAAUGUCUUUAUUCACACCCGUUUUCAGACCUGGCCUCUAAAAUCCAUCCUCGAUUUCAGACCUGGCCUCUAAGAAAUAGUUUCAUCAUGAUUACGUAGAGUAGAAAAGCAACAAAAAAGAUUUCUUAAAAUCCAUUUUGAAUUUGCAUAUUUUUCUUUCUUUCUUAGUCAUUUGGAACUGAAAUGAUAAGUACGUUCAUACAGCCUCGGUGGUUCGCUUGAAAACCAUACCCAAUUCCAGACCUAAAUAGGCUAAGUCUAUACCUGUUUUCAGAUCAAAGUGCCACAAAACCCCUACCCUUUGGGGAAGCACUUAUCUUUGUGGCUUAAAUAAGGGAGUG